AUGGCCGGCAACAAUAGCUUCAUGACCGACUUACUUGCCCUCCUUGACAACGAGGACAACCUCAUGAAGGUUGUCACGAGCGAGCCGUCAUCUAGCACAGCACCUUUUGAUGUCAAGUAUUACUUGACCAUCAUCGAGGAAAUCCUGGACCAUGCUACGGCCGUUGCGGAGAACACUCAGCCAAAGGGUAACCAUGUUCAGAGCAAAAGCUUGACCUUGCCUUCCAAAGAAAUUUCAUCCACAAAUACUGAACUGUGUUGUCAGAUUACUUGCAGAGCCCAACACACCAACAAUGUGGGCAAAACACUGGCAUCGAUUUUCGACCAGUUGUCAUCCUUUCCAUGGGGUGCCAGGGCCGUGCUGACACUGUUGGCUUUGACGAUGCAUUAUGCCGAAAAAUGGCGUCUCACUCAAAUUGAAGAAUCGGACGAACUUUUACGCUUGAUGGCCAGGUUGAGAGGGUUACAUACAACUGGUAAGUCCUCCGACACACAGCGAAGCAAGGCUUUUUUGGAGAUCAGUAAUCUGAUCAGGGUCACUUUGGAGUUUACCCGGUUCCAAGGGCGAGAUCUAUCGACCUUGUCGGUGCGGGUAACAAGGAAACAAGAAUCCUUCAAGAAGCAAGUGGAAGUUUUCGUGCAAAAGAACGGUGAGAUCAUUGAUAGGAGAAACUUCUAUACAAGAAGAUCAGAAAACUUUACAGUUCUCAUGCUGACAUUGCCGAGUUUUUGGGCCCUACUGUUCUGCAACGGGAAGGAUUCACCUACAGUUACUCAAGGUUUCAAGAAGACACCGGCUGAGGUGGAGCAGUUGCAGAACAAGAAAGUGAUGCUGCUUAUUUCGGACUUGACCUUGUCAGACAACGAAAUUAUGUGGGUUCCUAUUGCGGAUGUAAAAGACGAUGAACGGUUCCAAAAGAAGAGAUCAAAGAUGCCCUUGUACUCGUGCAAUUCCAUUGUCAGCAAGGCAGCAGCAAGAUUCAUCAAGAAGUAUUGGCAAUUUAAGCAGCAGACUAAGCACCGUGUGCUGCUGUUUUUGCCCCAAGCCAGCCACCAUCUUGCACCAUGGUCGUGGGCCAUCACUGUCCGCAAGCCGCCAUCCACUGCCGAAGAGCCGCACCACCCAUCUGCGAGCCGUCAACCCGCCGUUCUUGCCAAAUCAAAAACCACCUCCGCCGAGACCCACUUUUGCCGAGUGCCUCAGUGA